AACCAAUCGGCUCUCCUUUGAAGGGUAGGUGGGCGUGUCUACACAUCACGUGACUCGUGGCCCUCUGGAUUACGAUGAUUCUAACUCAGAUUGCGAAUCCGGCUUUCAGAUCUCGAAUCUGGGCCCGUCCCACAAGUUGCAGAUCCUUCUGGGGGUGGUUGAAUGCCGUGUUUAACAGGGUUGACUAUGAACGCAUAAAAGAUUUUGGUCCAGACAGAGCAGCCUCCGAAUGGCUUCUGCGCUGCGGGGCCAAGGUACGCUAUCAGGGAUUUGAUAAAUGGCAACAUGACUACAACGGACUUCCGUCAGGACCGUUGGGAAAAUACAAGAUACAAGCAAUUGAUGCCACUGACUCUUGCAUCAUGUACAGCGGGUUUGAUUACUUGGAUGGGCUGAAGCACUUGGAGGAGAUCAAGCUGUGUAAGUGUAUUUACAUUGAGGAUGCCUGCCUGGAGAGAAUCAGCAAGACUGAUACCUUGCAAGAAAGUCUCAGGAGGCUGGAAAUAAUAUCCUGCGGGAACGUCAGCGACAAAGGGAUCAUAGCGCUCCAUUCUCUCAGGAAUCUGGAAUAUUUAUUCUUGAGUGAUCUUCCAGGGAUCCGGCAGAAGGAGCUCACGGUAGAAUUGCUUCAGAAAGACAAGCCUUCACUAAACCUAGAGUUAGAUCUGGACUGAAACUAAUUAUCUGCUUUCUCCAUUCAUACAUAUUAAAUAAACCUGGAUUAUAUCAA